AUGGCCUUGGGCGCGGUACUCCUCGCCUUUAUUGCCUUUUGCGCAUGGCGCCUAGUCGCUGCCAUUAGGUACAAGAGAAGGAUCCCUGCGGGAGCGAAGCCCCUUCCUGGACCUCGCAGUCUUCCACUCAUCGGCCGUGUUCACGACGUGCCAGCCGAGGCGACAUGGCUCAAGUUCUACGAGUGGUCCAAGGAGUUUGGUCCCAUCUACCAAAAUGAGAUGUUCGGCUCCGUCCAUGUCUGGAUCUCUUCUGAGCAGGUCGCCCAUGACCUCCUCGGCCGCCGCAAUGUCAUCUACUCUGACCGACCCAUGAUCCCCAACCUUCCUGAUAACAGGACCAGCGGAGACUACCUUGCUCUGCUCGGUCGAACUGAAACAUGGAAGCGCCAGCGCAAGCUCUGCCAUCACCUCAUGAACCAGAGCGACAAGCAAGAGCUCCACGCCUACCCGACGCGUGAGCGCGAUCGUUUCUUGUACCUGCUCUCCCAGAACCCCAGUGACUACCGCGAGUAUAUCGAGCAAUUCACCAGCCGUACCGUCAGUCGCCUCUCCUGGGGUACUGCUCACCCCGCCCGCGUUCUGCGCAAGACCACCUUCGGCCUUCUGGAGACCAUCUCACCGUCUGGUGCCCUUCCUAAUGUCAUCGGCUUCCUCAUGCACGUCCCUCACGUCCUGUCGCCAUGGAAGAAGAAGGAGAAGGCCCGCCACGAGCUCGAGACAAGACAGUUCAACAGCAACGUCCAGUUCGUCGCCGACCAGGUCGAGAAGGGCACUGCGCAACCCAGUUUCAUCAGCACUUUCAUUAACGAGGGUCUCGGCAACGAGAAGGGCAAGUGGGGUGACCUCCAGGAGGCCACCAACGUCGUCGGUCUCAUGGCCAUCGCUGGUGCUUUGACUAUCGGUAGCCCUAUCCAGAGCUUCCUGCUCGCCAUGUGCCACUACCCUGAAUGGCAGAAGAAGCUCCAACGCGAAAUCGACGAGGUUUGCGGCGGAAAGUGCCCUCAGUGGUCGGAUCGCGAGAAGCUGCCUAUGUUGAGAGCCGUUGUCAAGGAGGUCAUCCGUUGGAGACCCCCUGUCCCUACUGGCAUCCCCCACGCUGUUGAGAAGGACGAUGUUUACAACGGUUACUUCAUCCCUGCUGGUGCCACUAUCCAUGCUCUCGAGUGGGGCAUCACCCGUGACGAGUCCAUCUACCCCGACCCCGAGACUUUCAACCCCGAUCGCUGGCUGCAACCCUCUUACCCCACUUACAAGGAGCCUCUCACCCGAUUCCCCAACCUCGACGGCUUCAGCCAGUUCGGUUUCGGCCGCAGAACGUGCCAGGGCGUGCCCAUCGUCGACCAGGACCUCUUCCUUACCAUGGGCGGCGUCGCUUGGGGCCUCAACAUCCAGAAGAAGCGCAACGCCGACGGCACCGAGGUGCCCGUUCACUGGAACGACUACACUCCCCUUCUGAUCGCCAAGCCUGCUUUCUUCGCUUUCGAUGCCGUUGUCCGUACUCCCGAGAAGGCCGACCUGAUGAAGGCCAUGUUCGACGCCGCCAAGGAAGAGGAAGAGAACGAGACCAAGAUGGAUAUGCCCGACGUCGGCGCCCCCCAGGUGAAGACCUUCAAGGCCCCCUUCAGCCUCAACCUGCGCCAAAGAAAGGAGGAGGGUGAGCGCGAGAAGCAGUACCGCGAGCACGAGCGCGACAUCCCCGGAUGCCCUGGCCGUUGGGCACAGGAGAGCGAUAUCGACUCCGGCAACGAGAAGGGUUACGUCGAUGAUGACAGCUGUUCCGGACGUUCUUCGCCUACCAUGCUGCCGUAA